AUGUUGUGCCCUCUUUCAAUAAGCAGAGCCUAUUUUUUUUCGGUAGGUCUGGUGGUACUGGUUUUUCCCCUGGUCUGCUGCUUCCCCGGCCCCGCUGGUGCCCUGGUCUACUGGUCCUCCGGUCUGUUGGUCCCGCGGCUCCCGUUGUUGCUGGUCCUCUGGUCCCAUGGUCUGCUGGUCCCGUGGUCUGCUGGUCAUGUUUGUCUGCAUUGGGCGGCGGCGGAGUUCGCUUUGCACUCAGAUCAGACGCGACCUCUUCUAGAACCAGGCCUGGAUCAGUGGCUGCCUUUAUGGAAGCACUGGAAGCCCUACCUGGCGGAGAUUAGGAAGGGCGUUGCGGCUGACGUGCGCACGUUAGUGGAGGAGAUGCAGCCCGAGGUGGAUGCGUGGUUCCAAAAUUUGGAGCCGCAUGUUAAAUUGGCCUAUGGCUCGAAAACAGGAACGUGCACAGUCAAAGUCCCCGUGAUAGCCAAGAUUGCCAAGAUGUUCGGUUGGCAGGAUGAUUCUCUGUUCCAAGAGAUGAGCAGUGGGUUUCCUCUCCUUGGUCACAUCAAUCCCGGUCUGGGAUGGCGCCUUCGCCACGAUGAGCGGUACAGCGACCCGGUUGACCUCGAAACGUUCCAAGCAGACAAUUUCCAGUAUGUGCAGAAGAAGCUCAAGCAGGCCAGGGUAGAUCCAUUCUGGCAAACCAUGGCUGAGGAGAUUGCAGCAGAUGUCAAAGCAGGCAGGAUGGAAGGUCCUUUCGCGGUGCCUUCCUCGUGGAGCAAGGAGACAGUGGCGUUGCCUGACUAUACUCACACCGCUGAGCUUCUCCCGGCGCCGUCUUGCCACGAACACACAUGCUUCGCUUUCUCCGUGCAACAGGUAGGGUCCGAUGGGCGACGCAAAGUCCGGCGAGCAGAGGAUUGGCGCCGUUCCGGGGGCAACAAAACCGUCAACGUGCCAGACACACCCGCGUACCAUAGCAUUGAAGCCUUCAUUGCUGUCAUACGAGCGCUUCGACACCUGGGAGAAGAAGGCGCCAUAGCAACGUGGGGACUCGACCAUGAGUCGGCGUAUCGUCAACUUCCUGUGCUUCGACCAGCCGAUACCUACGUGGUGCUGCAGACGCCGCGGGGCCCGACACUUUGGCGACAUCGAGUCUUAAUGUUUGGGUCGGUUGCCAGCGUCUGGGGCUACUGCCGUGUGGCGGAUUGGAUGGCCUGGGCCAGCCGCUGUCUUCUUCUCACACCAGCGUUGCACUUCGUGGAUGAUUUCGGAGCUCCAGAAACAUGCCCAGAAGCAGACACCAGCUUUCAGUACGUGCAGAUCCGUGGCUGCAACCCAAAACGAGACCUGGAACGGGGACGUGGGCCCACUCAUCCUCGGAUCAUGCUGUUUGCGGGCACAACAUUCAACCCAAUAAUAUGA